CUUACUAAAAUUAUUGUUAGUGACCCUAGUUUGGGUUCAAGAAAGUUUUAGUAAACCUCACGACCCGUUGAUGCCAAUACCGCUACCGGAAUACCACGGAAUAUUCCCGUAUGAAUUUUCGUUUGGAACAUCAGGAGGGGCGUUCGAACACGAAGGGGCAUGGCUUGAAGACAACAAAGGUGAAAGUAUAUGGGAUCAUUGGGUGCACGAAAAUCCUAACGUGACAGUAGAUAAUGGUAACGGCGAUGUAUCAGCAGACAGUUACAAUCACGUCAAUGACGAUGUCGAUCUGUUGAAUAAUUUAGGAGUCAAUCACUUUGUAUUUUCCAUCUCAUGGGGUAGGAUUAUACCUGCAGGUGAAGGUGAUAUAAACAUGUUAGGUAUUAAUCACUACAAAAAACUCAUCAAAAAACUGAGACGCAAACAAAUAGAACCAAUAGUUUUUCUUUAUGUUGGAGACUUACCUCAAGCCCUCGAAGACAGAGGCGGGUUCUUGAGCGACGAAUUCCCUAUUUGGUUUAGAGAAUACGCGAGAGUAGCUUUCCAACAUUUUGGAGACGAUGUAGAGUAUUGGCUAACAUUCAACAAUCCAACAUCGCAAUGCAGCGAAGGUUACGGGGAUGGUACUUAUCCACCGGGAGUCACCAGCAAUCCGGGGGUAAACGAAUAUAUUUGCGGGCAUAAUCUUCUGAAAGCUCACGCAAACGCCUAUCACCUCUACGAGGAUAUAUUCAAACCGACCCAACAAGGUAAGAUAUCAAUUGGUAUAAACAUUCCUUGGUUUCAACCGAAAACUAGAUUCGAUGAAGACAUCGAAGCUGUUGCAACGAGAUAUCAAUUCCACGCGGGAUGGUUCGCACAUCCGAUCUACAAAGGCGACUACCCCGAUGUGAUGAUCGAGAGAGUAGGCAAACUUUCCCAACUGGGAGGUUUCUCUGAGUCCAGAUUGCCGAAAUUUACGAGGAAAGAUAUUAGGUGGAUUAAAGGUACGAGCGAUUUCUUCGCUUUCGGUUACUUCAUGGGUUUCUACGUUCGCGCCAAUUCCAAUGAAAUUCCCUUACCGCCAUCGUUCGGCAACGAUGCCGGAAGCAAAAUUAAGCUAAUGAAUAGUGAUGUCGCUGAUGGUAUAAGAAACGUGAUUUCAUGGAUUCAAAACGAAUAUGAUAAUCCCUGGCUUUUCAUUACUCAUAAUGGAUAUCAGUCGUUUAAUAGAACUUUGGAUGAUACCGAUAGAAUCGAUUAUAUCAAAAGCAUUUUAAUAAAUCUUCAAUACGCAAUAGAAGGCGACGGGGCCAGAAUAUUUGGUUACACGCAUCAUUCAUACAUUGAUGGCUUCGUAAGAAGAUUUGGAUACACGUUAAAAUACGGCCUAAUUGAUGUUGAUUUCAAUGAUCCAUGUAGAACAAGAACACCCAGACUGUCUGCGGAUUAUUAUCGGCACGUGUGCACGUAUGGAUGCAUAGACUAUCCAUGUCCACCCUUCUAUUAUCAACAGUUCGAAAUAAAUCUGAAUAUUGAUUCAUGUUUGAUAAUAAAUUCAUAAUUUUGGACAAUGUAAAAAUAUGAACUAUUAAAGCCGAUUGUUUUCAUUCACUGUUUUAAUAUCAUAAGAUGUUACAUACAAUUAAUUUAAUAGUGUGUAUUAUUCAAUGUUGAACCCUAUCAGAACCUAAAUAAAAAAUAUACAAG